AUGGCUUUUGAAAAUAUUGUACUUGGAAUUUUCCUCUUCUUCCAGAUUGCCAUGGGAAUAAUUGGCAAUUCUUUAAUACUAGUUUAUUAUGUCAGUUUGAAACUCACUGGAAAAUAUUUAAUGCCCAAAGACCUGAUCAUAGAGCACUUGACUUUUGCCAAUUGCCUGUUCAUCAUCUCAAAAGGUAUUCCACAGACACUGUCAAAUUAUGGAUAUAAAAAUUUCCUAGAUGACUUUGGAUGUAAAUUGAUAAUAUAUGCUUAUCGAAUAACAAGAGGGAUGUCCCUUUAUGCUAUGUGUCUAUUGUGUUGCUUCCAAGCAAUCACAAUCAGCCCCAACUAUUCCAGAUGGAUGAUGUUUAAACACAGAGCCACCAAGUACCUUGGUCCCUCCUGCUCACUUUGCUGGCUUGUACAACUAUUUCUAAACAUAUUGGCUGCAGCAAGAGUGUCAGGUCCCCAUUACAACAAAAAUACUAUUAACAGGAUGCAUCUUGGGUACUGUUCAUCGUUUGCUUCAGGCAACUUUGCAACUGCGCUGUAUUUAUUCUUGCUGUGCUUCUGUGAUGGACUGUGUCUGGGUCUCAUGGCCUAUUCAAGUGUCUCCAUGGUGAGUAUUCUCUACAGACAUAAGAAACAAGUCAAACAUAUCCACAGUGCUCAGCACUUUUUAAAAGUCUCUCCUGAAGACAGAGCCACACAGACUAUCCUCAUCCUGGUGUGCACAUUUGUCCUAUCUUACUUAUACUCCUCUAUUUUGAUAAUCUUUACAACCUACUCCAAAUAUCCAAUGCUAUGGGUGGUAAGUAUAUUUACAUUUCUAGAAAUAUGUUUUCCUAUAUUUUGCCCCUUUGUUCUCAUCAGCAGCAUGAAGUCUAGGUCCAGCAUACUUUUGCCUUGCUUUGGUAAGAGAUAG